GGAAAUGUGUUAACCAAAAUACGAAUGAUCAAAGCUUCCACAAGUCGGACAAGUCCCCGGUUUCUCCGAAUCCCGACCUUGUGAUGCAAAUAGAAGGUUAACUCUUUCGUUGCAAUUGGCAGGGAGUUACGCCACGGAUGGAAAUGUCGUAACUUACGUUCAUUCAGCAGUCAUCAUGGGCUCCAAGGUAGAUGUCAAGGUUGUGUUACUUGGCAAAGAAUACAGCGGCAAGACGAGUUUGGUUGAACGGUACCUACAUCACAGAUUCAAUGAUAACUGCCCCUACCAAAACACAAUUGGAGCAGCCUUUGGGGCCAAUAAAGUGACUGUUGGAAACAAAUGUGUCACACUGGGGAUAUGGGAUACUGCAGGAUCAGAACGCUAUGAGGUUAUGAGCAGAAUUUACUACCGGGGUGCAAAGGGUGCUGUAGUGUGCUAUGACCUGACAGAUAGAACCAGCUUUGACAGGGCAAAAUUUUGGGUUAAUGAGCUGAAGACAUAUGAAUCAAAUUGCAAAAUUUACUUAUGUGGGACAAAGUGUGAUAUUGUCCAACAUGACAAGAAAUUGAGAAAGGUUGAUUACCACAUGACUACAGACUAUGCUGAUGAAAUAGGAGGCAAGGUCUUUGAGACCUCAAGUAAAACAGGACACAAUGUUGAUGAGGUAUUUUAUGAAAUUGCUCAAGACUACACAAAAGAGGAGGACUUUGCAAAGAAUGCAGGUACAGCGUUUCAGAAGAGGACCACAUCUUACAGCUUCAAGACAGUCCACAGAAGCAUUCCCAGUGCUGUGGUUUGAGGUGAAAAGAGUCAGACACCAAGUGGAGAAAGUAUGAAGUUUUUUGGGGGGUAAUAAAAAAAACACAAUUUAUUAUGUGAUGCAGUACAGCUAGAUGUUGUAGCAUAGGAUGGUGAUAAGCUGAGGUUCCACUCUCAGAGACAGGCACCACAGAGGGGGAGGUUCUCGGGGUGUACUGCCCACCACUUUAUCGCUAAAAAGGAAAAAAAAUUAUAAUAAUUAAAAAAAGAUUAAAAAAAAGGUUUUUCCAUAUCUUUUUCAGUUGUCAACAUUCUCUGCUGUCCCUGGGAGAAGGGAUACAAUUUUUUCUUGUGUCAGUAUGAUAUUGGUGAAGAAAGGGUUUUCAUAUGGAGAAAUAGCUUUGGCUUAAUUUUGCUUUAUUGUUUUUCUACUGGCAGUAGAGCAAUAUAUACACAGGGUCAUACUUUUAAUUAUUCAGGUGUCAAUUCAUGAAGGAAUAAAUGUAAUGUAAUUGAUUUAUUUUCUUAAAUUAGAUUCUGUGAGUUGUGGUUUAAAAAAAAAUAGCAUUAAUAAUGUAGCACUGAAGCAUUUACAUGUACAAGUCCUUGCUCUACUAUGAGAUUCUUUUACAAAAUUAAAAAAUAUAUUAUUUGUCUGGUA